AGCCAGGAUGACCGAGGUUGUCUGCAACGGCCAUCUAGGGAAAAGGGUCUGUGUUAAAUGCAACACCGAUGACACCAUCGGGGACCUUAAGAAGCUAAUUGCAGCCCAGACUGGCACUCGUUGGAACAAGAUUGUCCUGAAGAAGGGGUACAGGAUUUUUAAGAACCACGUGUCUCUGGGAGACUGUGAAAUCCACAAUAGCAUGAACCUGGAACUUUAUUAUCAGCAGAUUCCUUUUUUCUGCCAUCUCACCCCCCAUACUGUAUAG